AUGUCUGCAUUGGUGGAGUCUUUAGCUUAUGAGAAAGUGUCUUCAUGUCCUGCAAUCAUUGAUCUGGAAGGUGAUACUAUCCCAAUGCCAGCAUCCCUGCAUGCCAUGAUUGACAUUGAUAGUGCUGGUGGUCUGGCCUCAAGUCUUGCAGUGGCCUGUAAGGGAUUCCAAUGGAAAUUCAACCAGUUCCUGACAAGCAAUCUGAAGAGUUCUCUUUAUCUGAAUUUCAUUUCAGUCCAGUGGAGAGAUGAGCAGACCAAAAGAAUCUGCCAGUUCUGGAGACCAGUUCACCAGAUUCCUCAUCUUUUAUUUGAACAACUGAUUGGAUUCCCUGAGAUUGAGAUCUACAUUCUCUUUCCCCAGCUUUUUAGCUUCCAGUGCCAGCACUACAUUAUUACAGAGCAGGAGUAUACUUUCUGA